GUAGUUUAAAAAGUUAGGGCAGACUUAGAUUUCUGCUAUGACAGUUAUGACUUGCCACCUCAACAGGUCCUUCAUUAUUAAUGUUGCUACAGCAAAGAGAAUAUUGGCAAUGACACAGAACUCUUAGCAAUUGAGUGGGUUGUAUCAGUAUGCUUGAAACUUGUGCCAAUAACAUAAAAGGAUUUCAGCAUCACCCUUGCAUCAUUGAUGAAAUACAGAAUUGUUGGCAACGUGGCUGCCCUGAAUCAGUUAAAUUGUAGCCUCACUUUCACCUGCUGUCCAAGGCUCUGUGGACAUCUCGUGAAUCUAAGUUCACGUCCAGGUUUAUUGUUGUUGGACGCAAACGAAUUCUAUGAACAUUAACUUCUUGCAGCUUGAAUGCUACGUGGAGACGAGUCAGGAUUAGUGUGCAAGGAGAAGCCAAAUACAAUUGACAGAAUGAACCCUCAGAACACUCCACUGCCAUCCAACCAUCUGGGAGGUUGUCUUGGUGCAAAGAUGAAACAAAUGGCAAUAUUGCCUGUGAAAAGAGUCUACGAGGGUUUCACGACGAUCGAAGCCGUGGUGCACCCGGCGCCAUUGAGCAACGCUUCGCAUCGGGCGCGGGCCGCGGGCCGCGGCGCUCGCGACGCCGGGGAGAGCGCGCUCGUCAUGGCUGCCUGCCGCUGGCUUGUGUUCGCUCUCUGCGCGCCGCUGCCGUGCUGGGGCUUGUUGCCCUCCAUCACCGACCCCAGUUUUAUCGAGGACUGUGUGAACGAGCACAACAAGUAUCGUUCGCAGGUGAACCCGACGGCCAGCAAGAUGUUCAAAUUGACAUGGGAUGACGCUCUUGCUAAAUCUGCAAGAGCCUGGGGCAAGAAGUGCAUAUUUAAACAUAAUCCAGCCUUGAGAAAGAUUGGACAAGUACAUCCAACCUUCUUCCCAGUUGGAGAAAAUCUCUUUGUUACAACAGGCACUUUUCAAACCAAACAGGCUAUUAAAGUGUGGAAUGAUGAAGUGAAGGAUUAUAAUUUUGGAAAAAAUAGCUGCAAAAAAAUUGCUCUUUGUGGACAUUACACCCAGGUUGUCUGGGAGAGUACAUACAAAGUCGGUUGUUCUGUUACUAACUGUCCCAGUGGAAUUAAGCACUUUAGACCAAGAGGGCCAGCCAAAAUAUUUGUGUGUAACUAUGGACCAGCUGGAAAUUUUCAUGGAAGACGUCCAUAUACAUCAGGAUCAGCUUGUUCAGCUUGCACCAUGUGUAGUGGCAAGUUAUGCACUGAUGCAACCCAUGAGAAACUCAAAAAGUACCCUCAUUGGAAUCCAAACUUUGGAUCAGCCUCUAUUUCCUUGUAUGAUCAACUAAUAUUUCUUAUCACUAUAAUUUUAAUAUAUACUCUACAAUAAUCAUUUAAAUGUAGUUUAUCUUUUCAGGAUAUUUUGGUUGAAGUUGAGAGGGUGCAAAGUUUUGGUUCGUUAAUAUUUUUUGGCCAAAAUGUAUCUAAAUGCAUCAUACUUUCAGUACAAUUUCAUCAUCACCUUUCAACUUUUUGCAAGGCAUAUCCAUCUAAUAAGCAAGUCAAACACUGGCAAAACUAACAAUUAAAAUAAUCCUGGUUGAUAGGCUAAACCAGAGAUUCCAACUGGUGAUCUUAAUUUGAUCAACAAUCUGUUCAGAAUUUUCUCUCCUCCAUCCCAAGAAAAAUCUCUUCCAUCUUAUCUACUAAGAUUGUAGUUUUCUAAAUUUGAAUCUCUGCCCAAACAUCAUUCAGAGUAAUAACUUUUUGUUAAGGUUGCAGAAGAAAAAGUUAGUUACUACUACACAUGAUAUGUUGACAUUUAACAAAUGCUAGCAUUUUGUUAAUGCUGGCAAAAGAGAAAUUGCCAAAGAUAAUUUGAUUUCAGUCAACCAAUAAAUAUUAGUCAGAAAAUUCAUGAAAAUCCUGUCUGCACUUUUGAUUACUUUAUGUCAGAUUUUGCUGAACUCCAUUUUACUAAUCUUGAAGGAGAUCAUUUGAUAACCAAAACCAGUGAUUUGCUGGAAAACAAGUUUAGCUCAGAAAACAAAACACUGACAUUCAGAUUUGCUGCAUCUACAGCAUUUUCAGCAUUACUUGAUGGCCCUAUCUUAAAAGGAAUAAUUAUGAAUGAGUCUUAUCUAUGUUUAACCAUUUAUUGGAAACAUUACUUUGCCAGUUGAGUGUAAGCUUGCCAAAAGUAAACAACUGAAAUCACAAAGUAUAAGAGACCUUAUGAAAAUAUAAAAUUAAACAUCAUACUGGCAGACGAAUUGAAAUACCCUAAUGUGAGCAAAUAGGAUAGGCAUCACAGGUUUUCAUACUAAAUUUUGAGGUUCUCCAAGUAUAUUCAAUUUCAGUAAGAUUCUAAAUGUAUAACUUCAAUUAAAAUACAGAUUAGCAGAUGACUAACUUCCUAUUCUUACCCCUUGGGGAGGUAAUGUUUAUAUCAUCUAAUAUAAUUUCUGCCCAGAGAAUGUUAGUCAACCUUCUGUAACUUUGUUUAAAAUGUAUCUAUAUAUUGAACAGUCAGGUCAGUACAGAUAAAUUAAGGACACCAUAAAUUGAUAAAUGCAUUAAUUCAACACUUGCUAUUUUAUCCGAGCAUUUCAGCAUUUUUGGGUAAAUUGCUAAUUCCAGAAUCUGUAGUAGUUUGCUUUUGCAUUAAUGCACUAUAUGUUGGAAAAUUGCAAAGAAUCUGUUGAUAACUUACCACACCCUCAGCUUUAAAAUAAACAAUGCUAAUUUUUCACCAUAUUCUUCACUUUAAAUAAACUAAUGCUGAUUACUGAUAGCUCAAUAGUAAAACACAACAGAUGCUUGAAAUCUGAAAUGAAACAUGAAGUGGCUGUGAACAAGAAGAGGUUGAAAUACUUAGCAUGUCAAGCAGCAUCCAUGGUGAGGUUUAAUAUUAUCAUUUCAGAUCACCUCAGAUUUCUCCCUUGUAACACAUUUACUGCGUAAUCAAUUAAGAAUUGCCAGCAUUUUCUUAGACCCCUAUGUCAGACUUGCAAUUAGUGUAUCAAAGUCUUACAAUUAGAUUAAAAGCAUUUGGAUCUUGCAAAGCACAUAAACUAUGCCAGAAAUUGUAAAGCUUCACUGUUAUUGCUAAGUCCUACAUAUUGAUACUCUGAACUAAUAGUAAGCCUCACUGUUUCAACCCAACAGUUUGGAACCAGCUUCUGAAAAAUCAAACUUAACAUUAGUCACUAUUGUAGAACAAAAGAUAAUCGUAUUGGCCAUUUUUUGUACACCACAACAGUGGGAAGUUAGAACCAAAUUCCACCCCAGCAGGGCAUGGUGAAAAAAAUUAACGCUAUGUUUACUAUACAUUUGCUAUUCUAAUUACCAUCCUUUUGAAAUUGACAGUGUUUGAUGUUGCUGAGAGCAAUUUUAUGAAAAUUAACAUUUUCGACUUUGAUGUUGCAGACAAUAUUUAAAGACAUUGAAUUUUCCAUAAUUGAGUAAUGCAUACUAUUUGUGAAACUUAGCCUUGUGUACCAGCAUUACUAAUAAAAUAGUUCCACAUUUCUUUAUGCCAUUUUUUAUGCAUCAUAGUAAAUGACAAAAUUUAGUUGCCAUCACUGAUUCCCUUGCAUGUCUAUCCAGUGCUUGGUUAAAUAUUUAGCCUGUUUUGUUUUCUUCUAUGCACAUCAUAUUUAGUUUAUACCAACCCAUGUUAUUUAAUCUGUCUUAUUGGCCACAGGAGUAUUACCAAGUACUGGUUCAACUGCAUGAACCAGCCACAUACUUCAAACUCAAUUGCUGAACUCGUUUCCACUUUUCUGUGUUUGUUGGGUGUUCUUCCAUCAUCUGACGUGGUGGAAAAUACGAUCCGGCUUUAGUGAGCGUGAAAGUAGCCUAUAUCAAUAGUUCGACCAUGCAUCUCAUAAGUAAGUUACUCCUUUGUUCCAGAAAGGUAUUAGGUAUAACCCUGAGAAUUAUACUUGCAUCAGUGGUGGGCAAAUUAUUGGAGAGGAUUCUUAGAUGCAGCAUUUAUGAUCAUGUAGAAAAGCGCAGUCUGAUAAGGGCUAGUCAGCAUGGCUUUAUGAGAAGCAAGUCAUGUCUCAUAAGCCUAUUGAUUUCUUCCAGAAAGCGACAAAACAAAUUGAUGAAGGUAGAGCGGUGGAUAUGGUGUAUAUGGAUUUUAAUACAACAUUCAACAAGGUUCCCUGUGGUAGGCUCAUUUAGAAAGUCAGGAGGCAUGGGAUCCUAGAAAAUUGGCUGCAUUAAUUCAGAAUUAGCUUGCACACAAAAAGCAGAGGGUAGCACUAGAUGGAGUGUAUUCUGUUUGGAGAUUAGUGACUAGUGGAUUCUGCAGGGAUCUGUUCUGGGAACCCCUGCUUUUUGUGGCUUUUAUAAAUGAUUAAGAUGAGGAAUUGGAACAGUAAGUUAGCAGGUGACAUGAAGGUUGGUGAUAUUGUGGAA